AUGGCCGACCCCAACGUGCAGCAGCGCCAGCAGGCCGUGGCCUAUCCGUCGCCGCACUCGUACCCGUCGCCGUCGAUGCAGCCCACGUACACGUACCCGCCGCCCCAGGGCCAGCAGGGCAGCGAGCCGUACCGCGAGUCGCCGCAGAACGCCAACAUGUCGCUGCCGCCCCUCAACCUGCCGCCAAUACGCCUGCAGGACGGCCAGCAGGCGCCGCCGCAGCACCAGCCCGCGCAGCAGCCCAUGAACGCGUCGCACCCGCCGCCGCCACACAGCAUGCCGCAGUACUACGGCCACCCAGGCGCCCCUCCGCCCGGCCAGCAGAUGAACAUGGGCAACAUGGGCCCCGCGCAGUACGCGGCCAUGCGCUACCAGCUGCCGCCGCAGCAGGGCGACCAGCGGGUCCUGUCCGGCGGACGCCACAAGAAGGAGAUCAAGCGGCGCACAAAGACGGGCUGCUUGACCUGUCGCAAACGACGCAUAAAGUGCGACGAAGCACACCCCAUGUGCAGGAACUGCCAGAAGAGCAAGCGCGAGUGUCUUGGCUACGAUCCCAUCUUCAAGCAGCAGCCCAGCCCUGCCCAAAUACAGCCUGCGCCCAACUCGACGUCGACACCACACGCAGCCGCUUCGGCACCUGCCCCAGCCCCGCCAGUCCCCUCUGCAUACAACCAGAGCCCCGUUCCACAAGGGUAUGCGCCCGCCUCUUCUGCAGGGUACGCGCCCGCUGCUGCUGCCACCAGCGCGACACACAUCAAGCAGGAAGACUUCAACGCCAUCGACCCUGCGCUUGCCGCCGGUGCAGGCCCAGGGAUACAUCCCAACCACAUGCCCUACAACGGUGUGCACGCAGUCGACCCUUCAAUGAGGGGUGCCAACGCCUACCCCCAUGCACCCCAGCCUCAACCAGAGCCAGUGAAAGGGAAACGACUGACCAUGAACGACAUAUUUGGCAUCUGCAAUCACAGCCCACCAGAUGUUCCCCAGCGCACCUCGCCUGUGCCGCCUGAGUUCGACGAUGAGUUCACAAAGAUCUUUGUAAACGACUACUGCCAGGGCCUAGACCUCAUGCUCCAAACGACAUGGUUCUCGACCAACAACAACGCACUGAACAGAGUGUUCGCUGACAGGGCCCUGCAUGAAGAGGCAGCCUACUUUACCGAAAUCAUCAAGUACCGGCCAGGACAGGCAGACAUGACUGGCGUGUUUAGUCAAGAAGCUCGUCUCAUCUGGCACCUGCUAGGUACUUCCAAGCACGCACUACCAGCUACCAACGGAGCCGAUGGUACAUCGUCCGCUGAGGCUGAUGAUUUAUCGUUGAGAGAAGUUCGAGGGCGAUUCGAUAUCCUGGAAGCUCUACUUACCAACCAAAAUCUAUCCGCGAACCCUCUGCGUCAGAUAUCGUAUCCAGCUGAUCUCCUCGAUGACGAGAGAAAACAACAGGAGAUUCAGUUCUGGCAACUGCUAGGCGAUUUUGUCCAACAUGCUGAUGCCGAGUCUGCGCCACCAGGUGCUGCGGACCAUGCACUAGCCAUGCUACGUGCACAACUGCACAUGAUCGAGGUGCGCGACGCAAUAUACUCCAUGGCGAUUGCACGAUAUUACGGCAACCGAACGGGCGGAUUUCCCAACGCACUGCCACCUGUGCUGAAUCCGGACGCGGACACUGAUCUGAACAAGCUCACCGUUGCCAUGGGGUUCAUCAGCUACGAGAGUCGGUCAAGCACACAGCAAGUCCUUGCACGUAUCUGCGACAUGGCCAUGCUCUCCUGGACAGUGGCGAGGUCUCCGUAG